UCGCGUGCUGAUGACGUAGAACGGGAGCGUUUGCUAAUGUGGCUUCCCCCACCCCUUUUCACCAUCUCUGCGUUCUUCAAUAAACCAGCUCACAUCCAGGCAUCGCUCUUUCUUCUUCCCUUCCUACCUGUGUGCGCAAAGAUGCACCGUCGGGGGGUGGGGGCUGGUGCCAUCGCCAAAAAGAAAUUGGCAGAGGCCAAAUACAAGGAACGUGGGACAGUUUUGGCUGAAGACCAAUUAGCCCAGAUGUCCAAGCAGCUGGACAUGUUUAAAACUAACCUUGAAGAGUUUGCCAGUAAACACAAGCAAGAGAUCCGUAAAAAUUCACAGUUCAGAGUCCAGUUCCAGGACAUGUGCGCAACGAUUGGUGUUGAUCCUCUAGCCUCCGGUAAAGGAUUCUGGUCUGAAAUGCUGGGUGUUGGAGAUUUCUACUACGAGCUAGGUGUUCAGAUUAUUGAAGUCUGUCUGGCUCUGAAGCACAGAAAUGGAGGGUUAAUAACACUGGAGGAACUUCACCAGCAAGUGCUCAAGGGAAGAGGAAAAUUUGCACAGGAUGUCAGCCAGGAUGACCUAAUCCGGGCGAUUAAGAAGCUAAAAGUUCUAGGAAAUGGCUUCGGGAUCUUUCCUGUUGGCGGGACAUACCUGAUCCAGUCUGUGCCGGCUGAACUAAACAUGGACCACACUGUUGUGAUACAGCUUGCUGAGAAAAAGGGGUAUGUGACGAUCAGCGAAAUCAAGUCAAGUUUAAAGUGGGAGGCAGAACGAGCUAAGCAAGUGCUGGAUCACUUACUGAAAGAGGGCAUGGCCUGGCUUGAUACCCAAGCUCCAACAGAACCACAGUACUGGCUACCUGCCCUCUUCACAGAGCUUUACUCUCAGGAAAUCACACCAGAAGAAGCAAAGGAAGCCUUACCUUGACAGCCAAGGAGGAGACUGAUUUAUCUGAACAUCUUCUUUUAAAUAGAGUGGCACUGUUUGCUGAUUGUUCAUGUGUUAAAGUUGAAUUGCAUCUAAUGCCUUUAGAUUUCUUUUGCAAGAAAAUGUCUGCAUUAUCAAACACCACCAAACAGGCACAUUCGACACUGAAUCUAGGGCUUCUGUCCAAUGGGGAGAGACUCUGAUUUCAUUGGCAAGUUUCUGGUCCUCAUGAUUGGGGUGGGGGGCAGGGGGAGAAAUAGCUAGAAAGGUGUAGUUUUUUUUCUCUUUUCUAGAAAAUGGAGAGAACCUGAGGUGAGGAUUUAAGUCAGUGUAAGGGCUGUAUGUUUCUCUCUCUCCUCAUCUCCCAUUUCCUAAUUCCAUAAUUGUUAAGUAAGAUUCGUAUACCAGAUUUAAUGCUGUGUAAGUUGGAUCCUUUCAGCUGUAUGGGUUCCUCAUUUAUCCCAUGAUGAUGGGACUCCCUUUUUGGAUGGCGCAACAGUUAAAUUUCUUCACUACGACUUGGUCUUCAGAAAAGCAACCAAAGAAUUUUACUAUUAUUUGUACACUCUUAUGCCCCCACCUACAUUGUGGAAAUCUUGCUCAAUUUAAUUAGUGUUUCUUAAAAAGCAAGUUUCUAGUCCUGUGAAGAUGGCUUAAAAUGUAUGAGUAAUACAUUUCCAGUAACUGGAGUCUAGUAGCUUCAGCUGUAUUUUCAAGUUCUUCCAUCUUCACACUCAUAAAAACUGGGAGACAGGGAGGAAAGAAUACCAUGAGUACCUUAGUAUGCUGAAGCUUACUUGUUUUGACAUUUGUAUGGUACAAAUGCAGUAAUGUGGAUUUCAUGUAACUCU